AUGUGGCAAGCGCGUCGCACUUGGCGUCACAAGUUGGCUCGGUUUAAUCUAUGGGCGACGCUCUAUGGUUCCUGGGCUCUGGGUCUGUUCCCGUUCGUCUAUGUGAGGAGCAGCAACAGACUGCGACGCUCGAAGUGGCUGAUUGGAUAUGGAAUUGUCAUGAAUCUUGGACUUGUUCUGAUCUCCUUUCGCUAUCACGAGGAUACGGAAGUCAGUGAUAUGGUCGAGAUAUAUCAGCGUAAUGCUCUAGCCAAGCAAAUCACUCAGAUACAAGUUUACCUUAUUUUAACCACGAUUUUCGUCACGCUCUUCCGCAACUGGUGGGUCAGCGAGGAGCUUGGAAAUAUUUUGAAUACUCUGCUUCAACUAUACGAGCAUCGACUUCAAGUUGAUCGAGAAUCGUUGGAUUGUUCGAGCUUCGAUAAAUAUGUUAUCUAUAAGAGCCUAUCGAUCUGGCUGGAGCUCAUCUCCUUGUUGUGCCUCAAACUGGGAUUUAAUACGCCAAUCAGCUACAAAUUGUUCCUGGUCCUGGCGGCUUUCAUGGCCAUUCAACUGAGUAUCCUGCUGCUGGGCAUGCAUUUCAAUCUGGCUGUGCUCUUUAUAUAUCGCUCGAUUUGGCUCAUAAAUCGGGAAUUAGUGAUGCUGGCCAAGCAAAAGCAGCGCCAAUUUAGACGCAUUCACGAUCUUCAUGGCACCUACAGUCGUCUCUUAGCGCUCAGCACUCGAUUGUCCUCCAUUUACAGCUAUCAAAUGAUCUUGUUCAUGUUGUGCCUGCUGAGCGUGAAUGUCCUGUCCCCAUUCUACAUGAUUGUCUAUAGCAUUAGUUUGAAGAAGACCUUGACUUUCCUCCUGAUCCUCAACUUUGGCCAAGGACUCGCUAUUAACAUUCUCGACUUUUGGAUAAAUAUCGCCGUCUGCGAACUGACAGAGCGCGCAGCCGACACGACCUCAACAACUCUAAGGCUCUUUAAUAAUACAGCUAACGACGAGGUUUGGCUAGAUCGCAGCAUCAAUAACUUUGCAUUAUUUUGCGCCCAUCGACGGCUCAGAUUUACUCACUGCGGCUUGCUGCGUAUAAACAAUGCCAUGGGCUUUCGCAUGAUCGUCACUUCUGUGCUUUAUAUUCUCUAUUUAGUGCAGUUUGAUUUCAUGAAUUUGUAA